AUGUCCACAUCCUCCUUUAAGCCUGUCGCCGCGGAACCCGUCAACGAAGAGAAUGGUUUGAUCCACGGAGUCUCUGCGCAAGAGCUGCAGAUCAUCGGCGAACAAUGCAUCGACGCAAAGACUAAGGCAUACUGCCCGUAUUCGCUUUUCCGCGUCGGCGCAUCACUCCUUCUGCAUCAGUCGACCUCCUCGGGGCCUUCAAUCAUUGUAGGCGCAAACGUCGAGAAUGCUGCAUAUCCUGUCGGCACUUGCGCCGAGCGCGUCGCGUUCGGUACCGCUGUGAUACAAGGCCACAAAUUGGGCUCCUUCAAGGCCGUUGGCGUAGCUACCGAUAUUGACGACUUCUGCUCGCCGUGUGGAAUGUGCAGGCAGUUUCUCAGAGAGUUUUUAGAGCUGGACACACCCAUCUUUAUGUUCAACAAAGAGGGCAAAUAUAUUGUGAGGACAAUGGGCGAGCUGCUUCCAUUGAGCUUCGGGCCGGAUGUGUUGCCACCAAGAGAGCAACUGAAGAAGAAGAGAGAAGAGGAGAAGACGAAGGCUGCAUAA